AUGUCCAACAAUACCAUCAACAACUGCGCCGUUGCGCCAGAGAGCACGAGCACCGAUGCGGGAAUUGCAGGGACAGGCAUCCUCCUGUCAUUCAUCAUCAGCGCAUUCCUUGCCCUCUUCCUCUCCGCGUUCAUUGUCUUCUCCGAGAUCCGUGCUCAGACCUCCCGCAACAUUACUCGACGCAUUCUCUCGGGCUUGAGCGACUCCCAAAUAUUCCAAGGCAUCGGCAUCCAAGCAGUAGGACUGGCCAAAGUAAGGACGAUCAUUCCUUAUCACUUCUUCAUCAUCUGGAUGCUGGCUUUGCUGUCCACUGCCACGAAUUUCGCCGCACUCCUUGCCUUGGUUCAAGAUUUCAAGCGAGAUUGGGUAUUACGAUGGCUGCGUCAAUUCGCCAUGUUUGUGAAUGUCGUCCUCACCAUUGUCUACGGCGUAUUCGUCCUACGCACGAAUCUCGCAGACCUCGCACCCACCUUACCCAUGGCCUGCGUCUGGCAAGAUCACGAGAAGAGCGAAGAGGCUCAAGGCAACAAGACCCUCAGCAUUGUCGGGACCGCGGCAGCGAUCGCAAUCAGCGCCAUCGUGUUCGUACUUGGAACGUGGUAUCUGCACAUGCGCAAGCAAACCUGGGGUAAAUCCGUUCGAGCAUUCAGUCUCCUCGUGCUCCUGGGUGUGGCUAUCGGCGCCGCUGUACGUGUCAUCCUGGUUUCUCAAGCUUUCGGAACGCCUUCUGUGAAGCUCGACGACGCCGGCGAGACGGAAUGGAGCUUUGGACAGCUUCUCGUCAUGCUCUUGCUCAUCCUGCCUUUUGUCUCUGCAUUGGAGAUCUUUAGAGGUCAAAUGCAGGUGCCGCACGCAAAUGCGUUCGCCGACUCCGAUCAGAUGCCUUUGACCUCGCAGUACGGCCGCGAGCAGAAGUUGGAUCACGAUGCGGAGUACACCUAUCAACCGAACCCAUUAUUUCGAUCAUGA